UUCGUUAACUUGUAUGUGUACGUGUUCGAGUGUUGAAAGUGUCAAAAGAGGAUUACGAAAGAGCCAAAAAAAAAAAAAGACUAAAACACAACACCACAAAUACACUGAAAAAAUCAACCCAAACACCAAAAUUGCAACAUCUUCAGAGUUUGGCCUAUUCUCAAAUUCAAUGAAUACAUUUAAGACACUCACAAAUCACACGCACUCACACUCAUACUCUACUCACAAACACCCACACCCACACACACAUACACCACACUUCACACACAUCUUAUUGGCUUUCGGUUAUCAUCCAGCUGCCAUCAUGCAAACUGGGCUUCUUGUGUCACCGGCUGCUUAUGAGCCUUUGCAAGGUUGGGUGGAUAACCUUAAUGGACCCACUGGCCUGAUGAUUGGCUGCGGCAAGGGCGUCAUUCGCUCGGUGCUGGUGAAUAAGGAUAACAAGGCUGAAGUUAUACCCGUGGACUAUGCAAUUAAUGGUCUCAUUGUUAUACCCUACGAAUUCAAUAAGCAGGCCAAGCGACCCGCCGAUGUGCCCGUCUAUAACAUAACAAACGCCGAUUUCAGAAAAAAGGCCAUGGGCGAAAUUGUUGAGAUAAGCAAACGCAUCAACAAGGAGAUUCCAUUCAAUGCGGGACUCUGGUAUCCAGAUCCCUGUGUCACCACCAACGAGGUCUAUCACAAAUUCAAUGUGGCCAUGUUCCACUGGCUGCCAGCUUACCUGAUCGAUUUCCUAAUGCUAAUACUUGGACAAAAGCGAUUCAUGGUUCGCGUUCAGACAAAGAUAUCGGUGGGUCUGGAAGUGCUGCAGUUCUUCACGACACGCAGCUGGGACUUCAAGUCAACACAUUUUCAGCAAAUCUACAAAGAUAUCUCUGAGGCAGAUCGUAAAAUUUUCAAAAUCAACACAGACGAUGUGGAUGAUUAUGAAUAUCUGAAGACUAGCAUUUUGGGCGGCCGUCAAUAUGUCAUGAAGGAGCCUAUGACCUCAUUGCCAAGGUCCCGCAUACAGCUGCGAUUCUUGUAUGUAUUGGAUCGCGUUUGCAAGACGGUUAUACUGUGCGGACUAUUCUAUUGGACCUCCAUGAAACUGGGCCUGAUCGAUCUGGUGCGUUACGGCAUUUCGACAGUCAAACAUUGAACAAUAAACCGGAAACUGGAAUUAUCAUGCCGGAUAUAUAUAUAAAUGAGGAAUGCAUUUUUGUAUAAUCGUGUAUUUUAGAUUUGGGUUGAAGUGGGUUAUGUUCAGACUUCAUGUAUACGUAAUUACCAUUAAAGUUGUAUAGA